UUGAUACGCAGCUCCGCUCGGAGUAGGGUCCGCCUGAGAAGCUAUCUUUGUGGCGCUGGUGGCCGCCUGUGGAAUCUAGUUCCGGGAGGAAAAGACACGGCGAAAACAACAGCAACGAUGGGAAGCAAAAUCGCACUGGGAAUUCUACUGGUUCUCCUGCUGUGUCGAACGUCAGAACAGGUGUCAGAUGGGACGUCAGAGCAGGAACAGAGAGCCUGGGAACUUCAUGUGAUGGUCAAAACUUUGGAAUGCCAGCUGAGGUAUGCCGGGACGUAUGAGCCGAACAAGACAGAUUUGUGCAAUGCGACGUUUGACAACAUCACCUGCUGGCCGCCCAGCCCGGCAGGUGUGCUGGUACACAUGCCGUGUCCUGCAGAACUGAGGGGGCACAGAUAUGACACCACAGAUAACGUUACGAAGCUUUGCAGAAGUAAUGGCACAUGGGCCCGGAUAGCAGACUAUGGAAGCUGCCAUGAAAUAGUAGCGAUUAAAAAUGAGACCGAGAACGCAUUGUCCAGAAGGUGGCACUUUAAAGCAGCCCUGUUACUGAACGACAUAGGCCAUAGUGUAUCUUUGGUCUGCCUCUCCAUUGCCCUCAUCUUGUUUCUCUAUCUCAAGAGUAUCCGUUGUACGAGGAACAACAUUCACCUCAACCUGAUCCUCACUUUCAUACUGAAGAACACAACCUGGUUCAUCAUGAAGAGUGUGGUGACUGAAAGGCACACUUCAAAUGACUGGGUUUGCCGGACAGUUGUGACGCUCUUCAACUACUUCAAGGUCACCAAUUUCUUCUGGAUGUUCGUGGAGGGUCUCUACCUGUACAUCAUGAUCGCGCAUGCGUACGGCACGGAAAAGGUCAAGUUCUGGAUCUACAUCCUGAUUGGCUGGUGCAUCCCGAUCGUGCUCGUCCUGAUAUGGGCCGUUGUCAAGCUGCUGCUGCAAAACGACCAGUGUUGGAUUGCCGAUGGGGGUAGCAGCUACCUAACGACUUCAUCUUCCACGGUCCCACGUUUUUCAUACUCCUGGCGAAUUGUUUCAUCCUUGGAAAUAUCGUGGUCAUUCUGGUACAGAAACUCAAAGCGCACCCUGCCGGAGAGACCGGGCACUACAGCCUGAAGGCGUUCAAAGCUGCCGUGGUACUGCUGCCGUUGCUGGGUAUCAUCUACAUCCUGUUCUUCAUCCACCCUGAAGACUCCAAAGGCACCUCCUAUCUUGUCUUCAUCUACUUCAACACUUUCCUCCAG